UUCAAAUGACAUUUACUUUUGGGGUUGACUUGGUAAUAGUAGGGCUGUAUGUUUUUUAAACUCUCAUCAUUUGUUUAAUGUUCAUCAACACUUUUGACCCCCGAAUCCUGAUUUUUAAGACCCGCCUCCCAAAUGAAUCAAGGCCAAUAUUUGUUUAUUGGACAAUUUCCCCCCCAUCAGUACCAGUUAUGACUCCCUCUGAGUUCUUCUACACGGACCCCACCAUGCGCCGGGGACAACGGGUACCGAACAUCGUGACCGAGUUGCAGGUUUUUGAGUGCUUCCAACUCAACACCCCUCGCCCCAUCAUGUCCUUUUGCCCCGCACCCCCCGUCAGACCUGACCCCUUCAGAACACAAGCUCACCCUACCAGAGACCUGGGUGGCCACACCUGGAGGAGGGAACCUCCCCAUCUGCCCAUCACCCCCAGGCUGAGGCCCCUUGCACCCAGGCCCAGAGAGAGGGGACGGAGUCAGGCUGUGAUCCAGCUAAGCCUGGAGGAGGAUCAGGCUAUAACCAACCUACUGAAGCUCCAUCACCAAAAGCCUGCCCAUCCAGAGGUCACCACUGCCGUCAUCUCCACCCAGGUGGCUUGUCCUGAAGGGACAUCGCCAAUUGAUCACACCUCAACCCUUAGCCAGCCAUCAGUGGGUCAGUCCGCCAAACCAUCUCCAGCUGAAGAGAUGGGGCUCUGUCAUAGAGAGGACCAGCUCUUUGUGUUGGACAUCUUGGAGCCCCAACAUCAGAACCAGCCCAGACUGAGGUCUGUUGUGGAGCUGGAGGCAGCGAACGCAUUGCUCACUAUGGACGAGGAGUCGGUCAGUCUGAUGGAUGAUGAAGGGCCCUGGAACCAGACUCAGACCCUGGACAGGCCCUCUAACAGAAGCCCUGAGAAUCUACAUCUCCAGUACUUCUCACCCGAAGAGUGUGAUGGUGAUACACUGCCAUUAGAAGACGAUGAAAGCUGCCUAUCCCCAGAAGCUUUGCCUCUAAUGACCAGUAUUUGUGAUGCGGUGGCUCUGAGAAAUGGGACUGUCACAGAGUCUGAGGGGAUGGCUGUGGAUGCCCUGUUAAUACUGGGUGACCUCGUAACCCCAUGUUGUCCUCAUUUCAGUUAAUCGCCUACAAAUGUGCACAACAUAUGACUGUUAAUCUCAGGUUCAAUUUGAGAAAACAAAACUGUAAUUGAAGACCUUUUUACAAGUGUGCACCACACAGUUUAAUUAACCACUUCAUUUUCCUUUGUGCCUUUUUGUAUUUUGUUACUUGCCAAAUAGUUCAAAUAUUAUAGUCAUAUUUCAGACUAAAGUCAAUCUUAUUUGAUCUGUUGAAAAAAACACUCCCAUUGAAAAACAUGAUCGAGUUUUAAUAAGAACACUGGUCUUGAACCAGAGUAAACCCACUCACUCAAACAAACGGAAUGGAAUAUGGUUUUAACCAAUCGGCAUUCAGUAUUAGACCCGCCCGUUGUAUAAAGAAGUAAUAGAGACCUGUUGAUAUCAUAACAGUAUGGCUUCACUAGAGCUCCAUGUUACCAAUAUUACUACUGUACAUCACAAACAACCAGGUUUUGUGGUCUUGACAUUAUGUUUGCGACUUGGCUAUGACUUUUUUGUGUCCAGAAAUGGCAGUCAAAUAUAUUCAACCCUGUAGUGACGACGAUACAACAGCUGUAGGACUUGUGCUUCGAGUACAAUCCAUUGGAAGGCACUUCAGAGUUUGAUCUAUACUUGAUAUACCACCUGAUACGUGCAAACUGGUAUGGUAUAGCUGACUGACAUUGAUGCAGGGGAACUUUUCAACUGGAGCUUUCCUAUGGCAGUGUGUGGGGUUAGGUGCAGGUUCGCACACACACAAACAUACACUCUCACUCAUACUAUACACUCUCACUCAAAUACAUACUCAACAUUUAAAGAGAGGAGUCCAUUUUUGUUUGCCUGUAAUAAAUUAGUACAUCAUCCUCCUCC